AUGGCAAUGCACUCUUCACCACAUCAACAUGUCUACCCUCUUCUCAGUGCACUCUUCACCACAUCAACAUAUCUACCCUCUUCUCAGUGCACACUUCACCACAUUAACAUAAAUACCAUCUUCUCGGUGCACACUCCAUUAGUUCGUGUUCACCAACAAAUUUCAAAGCUUAGGAUUGGAUUGGAUGCUUCGCACGUCAUGCGAAGCGGUGAGAGUGUUGCUGCUCGUCUGGAAAGACCUGACAUCAGUAAGGAAGUACAACUCUAUUCGGACUAUCAUUCAUCGGCAUCGGAAAAAUUCAAAAGGUUCAUGAUUUACGUGCACUCGAAGGCCAUGAUAGUUGAUGAUGCGUAUAUACUACUCGGUUCGGCGAACAUUAACCAACGCUCGAUGGCCGGUGACAGAGAUACUGAGAUCGCCAUGGGUGCUUACCAGCCUCACCACACAUGGCCCAAGGAAAACAAACAUCCUCAUGGCCAGAUAUAUGGAUACCGCAUGUCCCUUUGGGCAGAGCAUGUGGGAGCCAUCAAGAAUUGCUUUGAAAAUCCUGAAAAUAUGGAGUGCUUGAGGUAUGUUAAUCACGUGGCUGAAGAUAAUUGGAAAAGAUACACAAAUCAGUCAUUCGCUCCAUUACAAGGCCAUAUCUUGAAAUACCCAUUGGAGAUUGACGUUGAUGGUAAUUUGAAAGGGUACUCUGUCAUUUGAGUGCAAUGCAGUCCCAAAUCUUGAGCCCCAAUUUAUUUUUGACUUUUAAGAGCAAGCCCCAAUUUUGUAAUUAAUCUCUCGUGGCCUGUUAACUAGAAACGUCGACGUUUUCAUCCUGCGAGAACUUUCUACACCGAUCUCUGCAAAACGCACACCACCCCCACUUAAGGCCACAGAUUGAAAGUUUUCAAAUUUGUAGUUUUUGGGCUCUCGAAAAGAACAGAUUUUUCCUGUAUUUUGAUCACAGGCCGUAAUCAACUUCCGUGCGAAUUCUUGGUUUAGAGGGAUUUGGCAAAAAAAAGGUGAACAAUGGAGGACCUGCAAUCCGCUUUCAAUGCCCACAUGGAUCAAAUGGCAGAUCUGGUUGAGAAGCUCUCAGCGGAGCUCCGUUCUGGGCUCAAACCUGCUUAUGAAAACUUCAUGGGUUUCUUCCACGCCAUUGACUGGAAGGAACCUUGGCUGAUAAGUCUUAUUUCCUUCCAUGUGCUGCUGCUAUUAGUAGUCUUCUUGUCACGAAAGAACAUCAACUUUCAAAUGUGUUUGUUCCUUCUCGCACUUGGAGGUGUGUAUUUUGCCGAGAGGCUGAACCAGUUCUUGGCUGGCAACUGGAGAAGCUUUGCGGGCCAGAACUAUUUUGAUUCCAAUGGGCUGUUCCUCUCUGUACUCUGGUCUGGGCCGCUACUGGUAAUCGCCAUCGUGAUCUUGGUGAACACUUUGUUUUCACUGUGUUAUCUGAUAGUGAGGUGGAAAAGAGCUGAGCUCAAGCAUCGGGCAAGAAUAGCUAGGAGUAAAGAGGAAUGAAUAGUCUGGUUUUGUGUUCUCUCAUCUCUGCACAGAGGAAUCUUUUUCACUGUCUUUUCUUUUUUAUUUUUAAACCCAUAAUUUUUUUAUGAAAUAUAUUUUGGUCUUGUUGUUGUAUUCCUUUCACUUUACUUCACAGUAGACUAGAGCGUAAAAUUUGUUGCAAUGUUGUCUUACAUUUUCACACUACUAUGAACAUGUGAACAAUAUUACGUUACAUAUAGCAGAGUACUAUUCACCGU